AUGGCGUCUCCAGCUCUGCGGAAACUACUGAGAAACCAUACUACUGCCUCAAGAAUCCCCACAUUUCUCCGGCAAACCUAUGACGCAUUGAUCCAAAUCCCCCAACCUAAUCAGACGACGACAUUUUCGAACCCACCCGAAACCAAAUGUUUGGAACCAAAUCACUCAUUUGGCCCGGUCGUUUACCCUAGUUUCCCGUUCGGCUAUUUUCUCGGCCCGCUUUCUCAGACCCCAUCGAGAAAUCCUGAGAUGGACGAGGAAAUGGCGCCGGACAAUUCCAAUAUCAUCAUACGAGCUGAUAGUGUGAAGAAGAAGAGGAAAAAGAAGAUGAACAAGCAUAAGUUGAGGAAGCUGAGAAAGCGUCUCAGGAAGAAGUCAUAA